AUGACUGGAAAAGGCAGAAACAGCAAGUCGCCUCCUUCAUCACCUCCUCCCAAACCUUCCCACUCCGACAUGAUCCUCGCCAUGAAUGAUCCCUACAUGCAGCAGAUCAUCGAUGGCAGCAAGACGUACGAGUUUCGAAAGUACAACAUGGCAAGCAUCAAGAGAAUCUGGUUCUACCGCACUGCACCGCAUUCUGCUAUCACCCACAUCUGCCCCGUCGAUGAGUCCGUGACCAGAAACCCAGGUAAUGAGCCGCUUCCCGAAGAUGGUCUGGGGAACAAGGAGUACAACGAGAACCAUCCGGGCUACGAAGGCUACGACUACGCAUACCGCAUCAAGGAGGUUUAUGAGAUCAACGCUGAGGGGGGAAGGGGGAUUACAUGGGCGAUGAUGAGAGAUGAGCAUGGCAUGAAGAUUGCACCUCGUGGGAGAGUCACUGUCCCUGUUUCCAUGGUGGCGCAAUACCCUCUGGAGAACCAGCGCAAGAUUCGUUAG